UCCCGUUUCAAGACAGCAUCACCGAAGGUGGUCAAAGCAAAAGAAAAAUGAUACUACUACCAUUUGCUUUAUAAUGUGGAGUUUGGUUUCAAUGCUUUAUGGGAAGGAAGAGGAGGGGACCAGUGACUCUAAAACAAGUGUCUCUGUGGAGGGAGAAGAGGAGACCAGUGACUCUAAAACAAAUGUCUCUGGGGAGGGAGCGGAGGGCACCAGUGACUUUGAAACUCUGUGUCUCUGUGUGGAGAACAACCCACACACUGAAUCUUUAGGUGCCCAUAUGGAGAGACCAGACUCCCCUGUCCCCAGCUGUCUGUCCAUGAACAGUGAACACUCGAUGGGACGGCCAUUAUACUUCAGAGAGGAAGACUCCUCUGCAGAACAGGUCCAUCAGGAGAAACCAGACUCCCCUGUCCCAAACUCAAAGGGGCAAUCCUUAUAUAUAAGAAACAAAGACUCCCCUGAACAAGGGAAGGACCAAAAUGUGAAGAUCAGGGGUCCAACUGUUCUAAGGGUCCAACAAGAAGUUAGGAAUAAACUGAAACUGAAGCAUGAAAUGCUAUAUGAUGAAAUUGGAUGCCCUGGGCACCAAAUUUUCUUAAAGGACAUCUACACAGACCUCUACAUCACAGAGGGUGGAAGUGUAGGGGUUAAUAAAGAACACGAGGUGAGAAGGAUCGAGAUGGCAUCCAAGAGGCAAACCACACAAGAUACGCCAAUCAAUUGUAACAACAUCUUCAGAACAGUAAAACACCAUCAGAAGAGGGAUUUGAAACCCAAUCUCCUGCUUAUGAAACCAACAUCUAAAUCAUUGGACCAUGAAGACAUGUUCUGAAAGGCCCAGGGUCACACAGAAUCUG